ACUUAGAUUUCUAAAAUGAAUAUACCAAUAGUAGAUAUUGCAAGAUGUGGACUAACAGUGGAAAGCGAAGAAAAAGUCUCGGAGGCUGACCUAUUUGACAUUGGGAAAAAGUUAUAUGAAGCGUUCUCAUCCUCAGGCUUUGCUUACGUAACUAAUCAUGGUAUUCCAGAUGAAAUCAUAAAAGAUUUGAAUAAAGUCGGCGAGGAAUUUUUCUCCCAUUCUCUCGAGUAUAAGAUGAAGUUUGCUUCAAAAAGUAUCGGGCUUUGCUACGAUAACUAUCAAUCUUUCCAAGCAAAUUUGGAACGACCGCAUGAUAUGAACGAGGGCAUUCGCUUCCCUGCUAAUAUGGGAGACAACGAGUGGCCUGAUGUCGACAAUUUGAAAGUAAGAGUGACGGAAAUGCAACGUUUAUGUAGAAUAUUGCUGAUGAGAGUUUUGAAAGCUCUCGGACGGGCAAUGCGAUUAAGCGAUAAAAACUUGUUCGCCAAGUCACAUGAAUUAGUUGGCAAAGAUGGCAACACAUCAUGCUUUAAAUUUAUAAACUAUCCUGCCUUGGGACCUGGCGUUGAAAUACUUGAAAACCAGAUUAGAUGUGGAGAACACACUGAUUUUGGCUCGUUAACCUUUCUGUUCCAAGAUGAUAUUGGCGGACUACAAGUAAAAACUUUAGACGGAAAUUUUGUUGACGUGAGACCUAUUCCUGGCACAAUGCUCGUUAAUGUCGGUGAGAUGCUGCAUUAUUGGAGCGGUCAGCGUUUGAAAGCAACAGUCCACCGAGUGGUGAACCCAACAGACGAAUCUCGAAAAAUGAAGCCAAGAAGAUCUUUUGUGUAUUUUGCCAACGUUGAUAACGACGUUUCGUUAGACGAGUUAGAUUUUGAUGAUGAUCUUAGGAAAAACGGAAAACAUGAGGCAAUUACAUCACUUGAACUUUUUAACAGACUUUUUGCCAUGAAAUGUCAUAACAAUCAGAAAAACUAAUCAACAUGUAUAUAAAGUGUGUUCGUAAAGUCCCAAACUUUGCUUUUGCUGGUACCCCGUCUCACGCCAUUGUUUGUGGCAGUCAAAAGUCAGCCACCAUGGUUUGGCAUUCCUGCCAUGGUUUUGUGGCGACGUCAUAACUGCACUUGCUUUUGGGGGCAAAAAAUAUAUACAUGGCAGCCUUAGAUGCUUUUUAAAUUUAAAAUGUUUCCAAGAUUCAAGAACACGCUGUAUAUCAAGGAUUGUAAUGUAUUUGUAUCUAUAUUCCAUUUAAUCGAAUCUUAUUAAAAUUUAUUUUUCAUGCUUAUAUUUUUUAUUAUGCUUUGUCAAUUCAUAUAAUUUUCUGGGUCAAACCAUGUGCCGUAAAUUGGGAUGGCAACGCUGAAAAAAAAAAUUUUGGUGCUUUCAAUAUUAGUAACUCCCUAAAGUUGUUGAUUUACGAAAUUUUUAUUAUGCUGAUGCAGUAUUUACCAAUUAAUUCAUAUAACUGUUAUGGCUGACAUUUUCUUUUAAUUUUUUUGUCAUUAUGCAGUAUAUAACAAUUCAUAUAUUACAUAUAUAUCAUUUUUCACAGA